CUUUGUGACAUCACGUCCGCUUUGUACACACCUCCGGUGCCGGUAGAGCUAGGCCCCCGUGACUUAGCAGACGUGCAAUCUGUAGACGUGAUCGGGUUGAGAGUACCGUAGCGACAUGUUUCUCACACGCUCCGAGUAUGACAGGGGGGUGAAUACAUUCUCUCCAGAAGGCAGGCUCUUUCAAGUGGAAUAUGCUAUUGAAGCGAUAAAGCUUGGCUCUACAGCCAUUGGUAUCCAAACUUCAGAAGGAGUAUGUCUUGCAGUCGAGAAGAGGAUCACAUCACCUUUAAUGGAGCCCAGCAGCAUCGAGAAGAUUGUGGAGAUAGAUGCUCAUAUAGGCUGUGCUAUGAGUGGGUUAAUUGCAGAUGCAAAGACAUUAAUUGAUAAAGCUCGAGUUGAAACACAGAAUCAUUGGUUUACCUAUAAUGAGACAAUGACUGUAGAAAGUGUCACACAAGCAGUCUCCAAUCUAGCACUACAGUUUGGAGAGGAGGAUGCUGACCCUGGAGCCAUGAGCCGCCCAUUUGGAGUUGCUCUUCUUUUCGGUGGUGCUGAUGAGAAAGGACCUCAGCUUUUUCACAUGGAUCCUUCUGGAACGUUUGUUCAGUGUGAUGCCCGAGCCAUUGGCUCUGCUUCUGAAGGAGCUCAGAGCUCACUACAGGAGGUUUAUCAUAAGUCAAUGACCCUAAAAGAAGCCAUUAAAUCAUCGCUCACUAUUCUAAAACAGGUGAUGGAAGAGAAAUUGAAUGCUAUAAACAUUGAGCUUGCAACCAUAGAGCCUGGGAAGAAAUUUCAUAUGUACUGUAAGGAGGAGCUAGAAGAGGUUAUAAAGGACAUUUGAGCAUCAUGGUUGGCCUUCCGGAGCAGAUUGGACCACAGCUGCCACACCCUGCUUUCAGUUUCCACUUUUGUAUGAUUUUUGUCUGUAUUUAGAUGCAGGUUUAAGUUGUUUCAAAUAAAAUUUUCUUACUCUUAAAAGC